CGAGACCGGGCACAGGAAGGCCCUGGCUCUAGGGUCCGGAUAGGAUCCGUAGGAAAGGUGUCUUUCGGUGAGCCGGGCUCUGUGUCAUGGGAAUAUUGAGGUGAAUGAGGAAUCGUCCCUGCCCUCCACGUGCUCGCUUUCUAGAACAGGGGGCACAGGCCCAUAAUUUUGAUGGUGACGACUUUGAUGACGUGGAAGAGGAUGAAGGGCUAGAUGACUUGGAGAAUGCCGAAGAGGAAGGCCAAGAGAAUGUUGAGAUCCUUCCCUCUGGGGAGCGACCACAGGCCAACCAGAAGCGAAUCACUACACCAUACAUGACCAAGUACGAGCGAGCCCGCGUGCUGGGCACCCGAGCUCUCCAGAUUGCGAUGUGCGCCCCUGUGAUGGUGGAGCUGGAGGGGGAGACCGAUCCUCUGCUCAUCGCCAUGAAGGAACUCAAGGCCCGAAAGAUCCCCAUCAUCAUUCGCCGUUACCUGCCAGAUGGGAGCUAUGAAGACUGGGGGGUGGACGAGCUCAUCAUCACCGACUGAGCUGGAGUCAUCUUCCUGCCCUUGCCCUGUGCCCAAUUUUCAUUCUCAUUUUAUAUGUGUAAAUAAUAAAAUACUCAACCUUCCAA